GCAUGCCCCCGUACCCCCCUAACAAACUACCUCUGUAAUUAUGAAACUCUGCGUACAUGUUCUAUAAAUUCUAUCUAAUGAAAUCUGAGGUAAACGUGUAUUUCUACAAAUGUGCGCACUUUGAGAGUAAAAGUUUGUACAUGUAGAAUGCACUGUGAUCAAAAAUAAAGGGGACCAAACGCGAUUGAAUGUAAAGGUUUGUGUCUCGUUAUUCUAUUAAUAACUACCGAUUGAUUUUGCAUUUAUUUUAGAAAUGAAGAGUUAUUAGUGUCAUUGUAGUCAUUAUUAGUGUGAUAUAUAUAUAUAUGUAUAUAUAAUAUAGCGGCCCCCUCAUUUUUAGAUGGGCCCCCCCAAAAAUAAAAUUCUGGCUACGCCACUGCCAUGCACUUAUAAUUUUCCACAGCUCAUGGGGUCUGGUUUGUGUCUACUGAAAUUUUUUGUAAUAUUUUGCAGAGUUUCGUCAGCAGAACAAUGCAAAAUCACGCUAAAUAACAGUAGCUACAACCCACUGAAGAGAUGUUUAUCCAUCAGCCUUGCUUUCAUUCCCGAUAAAAAUCAAAGAUGGCGCUGCUGUGAAGAAUUACAGCAGGUUAUUUGCUUCACCUAAGAAGAACACCCUUUACCUGUGAUAAAACCAUAAAACACAUAAAACUCGAGUGGAUAUUAAAACGCAGUGCUUUAACUGCGGUAACAUAAAUUUGAUAGACUUAAUUUCAUUAAAAAUGAAUAAUAAUAGGAAUAAACAAGUCCACCAAGCAGUUAGCCGUUUACGGUUGCCAAGCAACGUAGCGACUUGGCGCGUUUAUUUUGGCAUUUCAUGAUUUUAUGAAGUCCGUCCUGUCAGUAUUUGUCGACAUUAUCCAUUUUAUAAUAAUGUGUAAUUUUUACGAGUUCUGAGUGCUGGGGAAUUUAUUAUGAUACGUUUUUAUAAGUUUAAUGAAUUCGCGAAGGAAUACGCGAUUAUGAGACCCGGGUUGCAGACACACUGUCCUGCCGCUAGAGGGCAGAAGCAGGAGGCGCUGAGCGCGGCUUCAUUCAUCAAGCUGAGAGAACAGCGGCGCACAGAAACUAGAGGAGACUCAUCUGAAGAUGCACAGAUGUCCAAACUCGGAGAUCAAGACGAGUAAAGCAGAAGGAUUAACAUUGUGAAGCUGAGAACAGAUUCUGUAUUGGAGAAAGAGUAUGGAAGACCCUGGUGCUCUGACAGACCAGUAAUAAGAGAAGAUGGGAGAAGACAACAGAAGCACCUCCACCGGCACAUGGACUCUCAUCCACCCGUCGGGGAGCCCUCAUGACCUCAUGCCGAAUUAUGACAUCCCCCUGGACUAUGAGGUCCCUGUGGACGAGAUCCCGGACACGACUCAGGGACGAGCAUUCUUCGUGGCCACAAUCGUUAUCGCGGUGGUCUUGGUCUGCAUCAUGCUGGUCUGCGGCGUUGGGAAUUGCGUCUUUAUUGCCUCAUUGGCACGUUACAAAAAACUCAGGAACCUCACUAAUUUACUCAUCGCCAACUUGGCAGUGUCAGACUUCCUGGUGGCGAUUGUGUGCUGCCCCUUUCUGGUGGAUUAUUAUGUGGUCAAACAGCUGUCAUGGGAUCAUGGGAUUGUGCUUUGCGCCUUCAUUAACUACCUUAGGACUAUGUCUCUCUACGUGUCCACCAAUGCCCUGCUAGCCAUUGCGGUGGACAGGUACAUGGCUAUCGUUCAUCCUCUGAAGCCCCGUAUGAAGUUUCAAACAGCGUACUGGCUCAUUUUUGGGGUUUGGAUUAUCCCAGUUCUCAUCGCGGUACCGUCGGCCUACUUCGCCACAGAACACGAGUACCCGCACAGCGCGCUCGGCCACGACAAAAAGAUCUUCUGCGCCCAGAUCUGGUCUGCGGACCAGCAGCUCAUGUAUCGCUCCUACUUCCUCUUCAUCUUCAUCGUGGAGUUCUUGGGGCCCGUGGUCACCAUGUCAGUCUGCUACGCGCGAAUCUCAAGAGAGCUUUGGUUCAAGAACGUCCCGGGAUUUCCGACGGACCAGCUGCGUAAACGACUACGGGGUCGGCGCAGAACGGUCGUGGCACUGAUCGCGGUUCUGGUGGCGUACGUGUUGUGCUGGGCGCCCUAUUACAGUUUCACGCUUCUGCGCGAUUUCUACCCGGCGCUGAUUACGCGCGGCCGUAACUCGCUGGUUGUUUUCUACAUCAUCGAGUGCAUCGCUAUGAGCAACGGGGUCAUUAACACUCUGUGUUUUGUGAGCGUUAGGAACAGUGGUGUAAAGUGCCUCAGAGCCGUCAAACUUGCUAACUGGCGCUCGAUAACGAGGGCGAUUGUUGGCAAGAUGGCGGAAGACGACAUUAGGACUUCAUCCUUGAGAGUGACCGAGGAUGUGGAAUGUACACAAAUAAAGUGAAGGGAUGAGACGGAAAAAUACAUUAAAGGUUUGGAAGGAUCCGCACAGCAUGAACGUAUAAAUUACAGGCCCAAAUAAAUUAAGAAGAGCCAAAAGAAUUACCAAUGGAAAAGGUUCAGAUCACGUAACUUAUGUGGUUCAGCCAACUGUUGACACUGAUGAGAGACUGAAGUCAUUUAUGAGCAACAUGAAAGAAAAUGCUCCCAGAUUAAUAUAUUUAUUGCUUCAAAAGACCCACUUCAUGCCAACAAGCAUUUUCAGUGAUCGGACCAAACGUUCUGUGAUCAAUGUAGGUUAUAGAGCAGAAGUUAUGUUGCUGGCUUUAAACCUUGAGUUAACAGAUUUGAACAAAAGUGCCAAAUAAAAUUUUUAAAAACACAUUUUUGCUAACCCUAAACUCCAAAAACGUACCUACAUACAUUUCACUGCAGAUUCCAGCUGAAAUUAUCACUAGUGCCAAUAAAACACCAACAACUUUUAUUCCUUUUCACAAAAAAUUAUGAUUUCAGGGGAAGAUUUUCCAUUAAUUUUUGCCCGUUUCCUUACACAAUAUACGUUUUGACCUAAAAACACUUUUACCAUAAUACAUGCUUUGUAAACUAAUACAUUUUGACGUUUGCAUCACAUAACACACAGCUUUAUAUAUACAGCUUUUCUGAUGAAGUAAACUUGCUCGGUAGCUCACCUGAUACAGCAUUGCACUUGCGUUAUUGAGUCACAAUAAAAAAGCUCAAAGACUAAACUAAAAUGGCACAGUUGCUUCAGCAAAUGCGUUUUUGUGUCAUGUCUGCUUUUGUAAACUACGCAGACCCACACAUGACACACAGGGGGAAGAAAGUAAAUUGUGAGCACAUUUACUAAUUCGUUCCUUCGAUUUACUAAAUCGUGCGCAAAAUUUACUAAUUCGUUCCCUCGAUUUACUAAAUCGUGCGCAAAAUUUACUAAUUCGAUCCCUCGAUUUACUAAAUCGUGCGC